CUUGGGUUUUUAAAGUUUACCAAUUUAUUUAAAUGAUGCGUUUGGAUUCAGAAGGUUUGAGAGGUUUGUUUUUUCAAGUCAGGAAACAUCUAAAUAUGGUGCCCUCUGGAAGAAAGCAUUCUGGGAAAUCUGGGAAGUCAUCAACCGAGGAUCAGGUUAUAAAAGGCUAUGACUUUGAGAAAGAAGAUAAAAAAGAUCUGAGUGGUUCAGAGGAAGCUGUUACAGAAGGAAAGAUUCUAGUAACUGAUAAACAUGGGAAGAAGAGGCCUUCUGCAGGAACAGUACAAGAAUUCGGGGGUGAAGUAUACAAUAUGCUGGAAAGAUUUGGAGCUGACAUGAACAAGGUUUUUCUGGCUAAGAAAAAAAGACUAGAAAUGUAUACCAAAGCUUCUCUCAAAUCUAGCCACCAGAAAAUUGAACAUGUUUGGAAAACACAACGAGAGCAAAGGCAGAAGGUUAAACAGGAAUAUUCUCAGCAGUUUAUGGCUUUGUUUCAGCAGUGGGAUGUAGAUGCGCAGAAAGCUGAGGAACAAGAAAAACUAAUGAAUAUGUUUCAGCAGCAACAAAAGGUUUUCCAACAAUCAAGAACUGUUCAGAGCCAGAGACUGAAAACAAUUAGACAGUUAUAUGAGCAGUUCAUAAAGAGUAUGGAACACUUGGCGAAGGAACAUGAUAGUCUUCUUAGUGGUGCACAAAAUGAACUUAGAAAAGAAAUGGCUAUGUUGCAAAAAAAAAUGAUGAUGGAAACUCAGCAGGAAGAGAUGGCAAGUGUUCGAAAGUCUCUUCAAUCCAUGUUAUUCUGAUGACUUUGAAGACAGAACUUAAACCUAAGUAAUAUGAUACAAUUACAACAUUAGCUAAGAGGCAUGUAAGUCUGUAAAGUGGUUUAGAAAUUCCAGUUUAAAUUAUAACACCUUUAAUCAUUAGCUUGUCUCAUUGUAAGACCUUCCUUUCUGUUAAUCCCCAAAUAAAAUCUAAACAGUUAUGUGAGUAGCAGCUAUUCCUAAAUAAUAUGUAUCAAGUUUUCAGCUCUUUAUUGCUAAAAGUUAAUUGACAAUGUUAAAGAGAAAAAUUCACUGUAACCACUAAAGAUGAUUUAAUUUUAGGUUUUGGCUUUAGUGUAUCUGAAUGGUAGAAAGCACAAGUAUAGAAGGUUACAUUUUUCUUCUUUAAGAAAAAAAAUACAAAAUCUAUUUUACAUGUACAUCCUUAAGUUCGUCUUAUUUUCAUUAGAAUUGGUUGUAUAACUUAAGUUUAUGUUCUAGAAUAAAACUGUUAAAAUCAUUACCUCUGAACAUUAAAUCAUCA